GAAAGAGAACCUACAUAUAUAUAUAUCUUGUAGAACCCGCUUCUUCAGAAUACCUUUUCCGUUUUCUUUUCUUCGUACCGAUAUCAGUGGUGAGACUGCAAUCAGAGCCGUUGAAGUCGCCUUUUACACCUCCUUACUCUUUUACGGCAGAGAAAUCGCGCGAAAGAGGACGCAAAAUGGAACUCUCAACGACGGACCCUGCGGCGCAGCUGGAGCUGCAGCGCAUGACGCAGGCGAUUGAGAAGUACGCCGCACGACUCGACACCGUCGGCACCGAGCUGAAAACCAUCGAGGAGCAAAACCUCAACGACAACGUGAGCCGCCAGAUUCAGCAGUACACCGAGGUGUCGCAGUCGAAGGCGGACAUUGCGGCGGAGGACGCACUGGACAACAUCGUGCGGCUGCAGAACCAGCUGAAGAUCGUGCGCCGCCGCAACGAGCUGCUGGCGCGCGAGAACACGAUGCAGGAGAAGCUGGUUCGCGAUCGUGCAAAGACGCUGCAGACCACGAGCACGGAACUGCAGAACGUGAUGGCGGCCACGGGCUGGUACGAUGGCAAGCGCGAGGUGCAGUUCUCGCAGAUGGAGCGGGAGCGGGCGGACAUCCACGACAUGGCGUUUGUCGAAGCCUCGCUGCAGGCCGACAUCAAAAAUGCCCGCGUCGCGAACGCGAAGUUAGAAAAGACGAUCCUGGCCCUCAAUGCGAAGAUUCAGGACAACGAGGAGCGCCGCACCAAGUACAUGCAGCUGCGGAACAGCAUUCGUGUGCGGGAGAAGGAGUGCAACGAGCUGCGAGCCAAGACGCAGCGCAUCGCGGCGGACAACCACCAGCUGCAGCUCGUCGUGCAGUCGGGGGCUGGGGAGAGUGUAGCGGAGAUCAGCACGGCGUGCAUGGAGAGCGAUCGCGAGUUUCUCGCAGACGCGGUGCAGGACAUGAAGGUGGCGUGCCGGCGCCAAGAAAACGUCAUCAAGGCGCAGAUCGCCCGUCAGCAGCAGCUGCAGACGCGACUCGACACAGUGAUGAAGUCGCUGCGGGAGAUGCGCCUGGCCCGCGAAUUCGAGCGCAACGUGGCAAAGUCCGCCCUGGUGCCGUCCGCCUCGCGCGAGGAGCCGCAGGAUGUGGCAGAGGUGCUGCCGGAGGACGAGUACAUUCCCGUGGACACCUACCGGCUUCUCUACAAGAACAACGAGAUGAUGCGCACGAACGUGGCGCGCAAGAAUAUGCUCGUGCUCGAGAAAGAGAGCGCCGUGCAAUCCAUGGAAGCGAAGGUGGCGAGCAACAUCGAGAAUCACAACGAGAUUGCGCGCCACGAUGACGAGGUGCAGAUGUAUGGCACGGAGGCGGUGCGUGCGACCCAGCAGCAGCUGGACGCCGAGGCGAGCACGCUGAGUCAGCAAGUUGAUAAGCUGCGGGCCUCCAACACGGAGCUGCGAGCCCGUAUCGCGAAGAAGACCAAAAUGACACCAGCACGGAGGAGCACCGCUGCGCACCAGAAGAAGUGA